UGGUUGUAUUCUUCUUAUUUUUAUUCAUUCUCUAACUUUUUCUCUCCUCCCCUCCUCCUCCGUCUUCUCUGACUUUCUGGAGGUGGUCCCCACCACCCACCAUCACCGCCCGCCCCACUCUAGCACUCCACCAGCGUAGUCGGGUCCAUGGAAUCUACGGUCACACACAGCUCCGUAUACGUCUACCAUAUGGUGAUGAUGAUAUGAUAUUUAGCAGGCCCUCUCCUCCCCUCCCCUCCCCUCCCCUCCCCUCCUUGUGUCACUCUAGGAUGUUGAUUCUGUCUCUAACUCUAACGAGAUCCCAAAUUUCAUUGUGAGAGGAGAGAGUAACCCUAGAAGAAUAAGAAAAGCAAAAUUGUGGUAGCUUUACCCUUAAUUGUCCGUGAUUGUUUUGAAGUAAUGAUUUGUUUUCUUCUUUGGUUAAUGGGGGUUUCAACGAAGGUUGUGUUUGACUUUAAAGCUGAAGGAAUCGUCUUUUGAGGUGGGGUUGUUGUUAGGUUUACUGUUGAUUUUGAUGGGUAUGAAAUGGGGUUUCAGUGAUUUUAAUUCUGGUAGGGUAGAUUAAGGUUUGAUUUUUAAGCAAGUAGAUUAAGGUUUGAGGUAGUCUCUGCUUUGAUGUGUGUUUGAACUUUCAAGUGUUCUCUGACCUCCAUCAUGGUGGAAAUUCAUAUCAUAUUGUAUAUAUGUUAGUGGAUUUAAAAAGGUGAAUUUCGAUUUCAAUGGAGGCGAAAUUGAUAUUUUAUGGUUCAUUUGCUGAUGGGUUUGAAAGAAUUUCAUGUAUGGAGCUAUGUGAAUUAUAUAGAAUUUCUUUAGGAAAAAAUUGAUUUUGGACUUCUCAACAGAAGAAGAAGGGAAAGAAGAAGAGGGUGUUUUGUAGGGUGUAGUAAUGGAAGAAGAGGCUACUUCUUGGAUAAGGAGAACAAAAUUUUCUCACACCAUUUGUCAUCGUUUCGACUCUGCAAGGUUGGCCUCUAUCCCUUUCACCAUUCAACCGGAACGAAAUUCGGGUCUCAAAUCUAGACCUGGAACAGCUUCUGUUAAUCAAACCGCAGGAACUUCUGUAGCAGAGGGUCAGCGGAAGCCCGUCACAAACAAGCAGAGGUCGCCAAUUAUGAACAAGCAGAGGUCUUUAUCACCUCUCCCUAAACUCACACUCUCUGAUGCAUUUAAAGAAGCUCGGCAUGAUCGGAAAAGAUUCUCAACUCCGCAUCCUCGAAGAACUGAAUCCGAGAAGGGGCUUAUGGGCAAGUUGUUCCACAAAGAUUCCCAUGAAACCCGAGCACGUGGUUCAAGAUUUUCCUCAAAUACCAGCCCUCUUCAGAGCUUUUCUUUUACAAAAUUUUAUGAUAAGACGAAGACCACCAAGGAGUUGUCAUGGGCAAAGUAUUUUGACCAUGGAGGGGGAAGAGUUACCUCUGUGGAAACAGCUGAUGAAUGGAUGGUUGAUCUCUCUAAGCUAUUUCUCGGUCUUAAAUUUGCUCAUGGGGCACAUAGUCAGCUUUACCAUGGGAUAUACAAGGAUGAGCCUGUUGCAGUAAAAAUUAUCAGGGUUCCGGAGGAUUAUGAAAAUGAAGAUUUGGCAGCUCGGUUAGAGAGGCAAUUCAAUAGAGAAGUCACCCUUUUAUCUCGUCUGUAUCAUCAAAAUGUCAUAAAGUUUGUAGCAGCAUGCAGAAAGCCACCUGUUUUUUGCGUCAUCACGGAAUAUCUCUCUGAGGGUUCCUUGAGAGCAUACUUGCACAAACUUGAUCAUAAAUCUCUUCCUUUACAGAAACUAAUCACAACUGCUCUUGAAAUUGCUCGAGGAAUGGAAUACAUUCACUCACAAGGUGUCAUUCAUAGAGACCUCAAACCUGAGAAUAUCCUUGUUAAUCAAGAUUUUCACCUGAAAAUUGCCGAUUUCGGAAUAGCUUGUGAGGAGGCAUACUGCGAUCUUUUGGCAGAGGAUCCGGGUACUUAUCGUUGGAUGGCACCUGAGAUGAUCAAACGUAAGUCGUAUGGGCGGAAGGUCGAUGUGUACAGCUUUGGACUCAUUUUAUGGGAAAUGGUCGCUGGAGCUAUCCCUUAUGAGGAUAUGACACCCAUCCAAGCUGCUUUUGCUGUAGUGAAUAAGAAUCUGAGACCAGCUAUCCCUGGGGAUUGCUCCCCUGCCAUGAAAACUUUAAUUGAGCAAUGUUGGUGUUUGCAUCCAGAAAAGAGGCCCGAGUUUUGGCAGGUUGUGAAGGUCUUAGAGGAGUUUGAAUCUUCACUUGCCCGUGAUGGAACCCUAAACCUGAUACAGCAUCCAACUGGUCAAGAUCAUAAGAAGGGUCCUCUUCAAUGGAUUCAAAAGCUUGGUCCCGUGCAUCCUAAUAGUUCAUCAAUGUCAUCUAUGCCUAAACCUAAGUUCUCAUGACUCUUCCUGAUGAUCUGGCUUUUGUAGUUUCACCAGGUCUCAAUGUAAUUAAAAAGGUUCUUUUUCAGGACUUCCUCUCUUUCACUUUCGUCUAAGCGUGAAUGAACAGAUUGUAGGCAUGCACUGAGGUUAAAUGUCAUUCGCUUUCAUUGUACACAAUACAUUAUCUAAAGAUCUCAAAUAUAGUUGCAAAUUCUUUUAAGUUUAAA